GGGUUUUCUUCAUUCAAAUUCAGAACCAUAAUCUCAAGCAAGGGAGAGAUUGAGAAGAAGAGUCAGAGGCAGAGAUGGUUCUCAAGGUAUUCGGAAGCCCUGUUUCGACCUGCACGGGACGCGUGCUUGCUUGCAUGGAAGAGCUCGGCUUAAAAUACGAGCUCGUACCCGUCGACUUGAGCACCGGCGAGCACAAGAGGCCUCCUCAUAUUGACAGAAACCCCUUUGGCCAGAUUCCUGCACUCCAGGACGGCGAUCUUGUUCUAUUCGAAUCUCGAGUUAUCACUCGGUACUUGGUACGAAAAUAUGGCAAGGCAACUGAUCUCCUUAAAGAAAACAGCUUCAUUGAUUCAGUAGCCGUGGAUCAGUGGAUGGAGGCGGAAUCUCAGCACUUCAAUGGACCUGUCUCAGCCCUAGUCUUCCAGCAUCUCUUUCUUCCAAUCUUCUUUGGAGGCAAGACUGAUGAGAAGGUGGUGGCAGCAGAGGUGGAGAAGCUGGGCAAGGUGCUUGCUGUCUAUGAGGCCAAGCUUUCAAAGACACAGUUUCUUGCAGGUGACUUUUACAGCCUCGCUGACCUCCAUCACCUUUCCUAUGGGCACUACCUGAUCACCAGCACGCCACAUGGCUCCCUCAUCAAUUCUUAUCCUCAUGUGAAGGCCUGGUGGGAUGCCAUCUCUUCCCGUCCAGCCAGCAAGAAGGUCUUAGGGCAAAUGUCAUUCACCCGCUGAGCUCCGGGAGAGCAUUUUGGUGUCAUGGUGUUCAGUGUCAAAUGAAUAAGACCGCCUUUGUGUUAGCUAUAGAUGGCGGUUCACUGCUGCUGCUAGCUGUGGCUGGCACCAUGCGUCCUUUUAGUAUUCUCUUAGAACUGUGUUGUUUGUUUUACUCAUGCUGGAGUCUUAUUGAAAAGCUUGUUGGAGUCUUAUUAAACAGAGUUGUUCUACUUCGAGUGAUUUGGUUUAAAUAAAGUUGGAGUUUUUCUGCAG